AUGAAGUUCCUUACUGCCGCUACUCUUUUCUCCUUGUUGGCCACUGGCCUCGCUGCCCCAGUCAAGCGUGAAGAAGAAGAACCAAAAUAUUUCGGUCUUGUCACCAUCCACUCUGGCAGUGCUUUCCAAUACGCCGGUGUUUAUGAGGUCGAAUCCCAUCCACACGUUUUCUCGGUUGCUGGCUCCGAAGGGGAGUAUGUCAACUUGACAAUGAAAGCCGAUAGUUCAUUGACCAAUGCUAAUGGUAGAGGGGUGUACGUUGACCCAAGUACCGGCGAAGUCGGACUCGUUGGUGAAGGACAAACACCAUCUACUGGGUUCAAGAUCGAAGAAAACUCCUUGUCUUACAAUGAUGCCGAAGCAUUUUCUGCUUGUCCUUCGGGUGAAAAUAAAUGGUCCUUGACCUUUAACUCCACUUGUACUGGUGGUACUGGUGUUGGAUUGUACGUUGUUUCUGCUUGA